AUGCUGUCCAAUGCUCGUAUGAACAUGCGUUUUUGGGCUGAGGCUGCUAACACCACCUGUUACUUGAUCAACUGGUCACCUUUUAUCCCACUUAAUAAGAAAACUCCUAUUGAGGUAUGGUCUGGUAUGCCUGCUGAUUAUUCACAGUUGAGAGUUUUUGGUUGCACUGCUUAUGCUCAUGCUGAUAAUGAAAAGCUAGAACCUAGAGCCAUUAAGUGUCUGUUUCUUGGUUGUGGUUCUGGAGUUAAAGGAUAUAAGUUAUGGAAUCCUGAAACUAAAAAAACUUUCAUGAGCAGGAGCGUUGUUUUCAAUGAAUCUGUUAUGUUUAAUGACAGCUUGUCCACAGAUGUUUCUCCAGUUGGUUUUGACGAGGAGCAGCAACAUCUUAGCGUACAGGUGGAGCACGUAGAUGAUCAGGAAACUAAAAUUGUUGAUAACAAUGUUCAUGAUAUUGUUCAGCACUCACCUCCUAUUUUGCAGCCUCAAAAUCAGUCUAUUGCAUAUCGCAGAACAAAGAGGAAUUGUGGACCUCGUCCACGUUUAAUUGAGGAAUGUGAUAUGGUUCAUUAUGCCUUUAGUUGUGCUGAACAGGUGGAGAACAUUCAUGAGCCGGCUACAUACAAUGAAGCUGUUGUUUCUGGUGACCGCGAGAAGUGGAUUUUCGCUAUGAAAGAGGAGAUGUAG